AUGUAUUACAGUGUGCCUUAUAUUGACAAGUCAAUAGCUCAAACGAGUAAGCUGUACAUUCGAAAAAUAAUGGAGAAGCAUGCAGGUACGUAUUCCUGCGUCGCUCUUAUAUCUGGCAACAUCGAAAAAGUUGAUGUAACUUUAAAAGUUUCAAGGGACAUAUCAUUUGAUGAUGCUCCAAACGAACAGUACCCAAACAUGAAUUCAGAUGGACCAAUCAUGUGCAAAGUUUCCGGUCAGCCGAAUCCCGAUGUCUUCUGGAAGUAUAAAGGGGUGAGAUUAGCAGGUGAUCGUUACAAACAGGACUUGUACGGUCUGCGCAUACAAAACAUUACUGAGGCAGACAAUGGCUUGUACGAAUGCUGUGCUGAGGUCGAAAGUAAGGGAGAGGUCCAUUGCAGAGAAAUUAAUGUACUCGUCAGAGUGCCUCCACAGAUUGUGUACUUUGAAGAUCAGGAGGGCAUAGCUAGCCAGGAGUAUGCCUUGACAUGCAAUGCAACUGGGUCACCAGUGCCAAAAUAUGAAUUCAUCAAAGAUGUGGAGGGCCAAGUAAUGUUCAGCACGGCACGAAUCCAGGUGGAUCGAGAUGGAGGCCAGGUGAACUUCAGGCCGCUGAUAGCUGAGGACAGAGGGACGUACAAGUGCCACGCGUUCAACGAUGCUGGCGAAUCUGUUGCCACCGCCGUUCUCACCGUCGUAGUACCUCCGAGGAUAUAUGCAGUGAGAAACGUGACUCAAACUGAAGGACUUCGAACGACAUUGGUCUGCCUGACGUAUGGCGAUCCUGAUCCGGUCAUGACGUACCGCAGAAGUGGACUCACACGCACACACACAACACAAAACAACGCACAGGAAGGCGGUAGGAUCAACCUGACGAGACCAGGUGUGGGAGAGUUGGACCUGACGAUCGACCCUCUGAGGUGGGACGACUCGUCAAAUUACACGUGCAAAGCCAGGAACAAGGGUGGCUACCAUGCUUGGAAUGGCUCCAUCAUCGUCUACUACGUGCCCAAGUUCUCUCCAGACAUGCCUGACGCGGUGUUCAACUGGGCCGGCAAGGCGAGGAAUCUGACGUGUUUGUACUACGCCGAGCCGAAACCUGUGGUGGAAUGGUACAGACUGGGCCGACUGCUGCAGAACAACGAAACCUUCAGAAUUCAUUUGAUGGACAGAAACAGCAACUUGCAAGUGACAAUAAGACAAGUAGAUGAGUAUUACAUUUAUGGGACGUACUACUGCAGAGUGAGGAACAACAUUGGGACUAGUGAGAAGGCCAUUGAGAUGAAGAGAGCUUACCUGCCCGGUCCGCCAUCACAGGCCACAGUCAUCCAGUCGACACCGACCUCCAUCGAACUCUCCAUAACCUCUCCUCCUCCUCAAUCUCUCUACGGAUUGAGACUUCUUGGCUUUUGGGUUCAGUGUGAAAACAGAAUAUUAGAGUUUCUCACAAGUGAUGUCACCAACCUGAUAUUCACCAUCGUUAUCAGACCAAUGUCAACAUCAUCAUCAUCAUUAUUCUCAUCUUCAUCAUCAUCGUUUUUAAUUGAAUACUUGAGGCCGAGCAACACUUACGACAUCCUCGUACGAGCAAGAACAGAAAUGGGUCUCGGAGAUAUAUUGCGAAUCACCGGGAAGACACUGGAUAUAAGUGCCCCUUACCCCAUCAUCCUGAACUCUGACCCUAGAAGCAAGUUCCCGUACGAGUACACUGUGACCUGGAUGAGACCAGAAACUGGAGGUCUUGCCAUCAGAGAAUAUCAGUUCAGAAUACGCGAAGUGACCGUUAUAGCGGACACUUUUGAAUUGGACACACCUAUUGGAGAAUGGCGACGAAGAAUAAAGCCAACAGACAUCUCAUUUCCAUCCAUGUACUACAGGAUUCAGGGACUGAACCAAAACACCUACUACCAGCUUGAAGUUCUUGCACUCAAUGAUGUCGGAUGGUCCCUCCCAAAUCCAGAAUUCAUUUUCAAAACCAAUUUUGGUUAG